AUGAAUAUUUCUAUUGAAAAGCCAUCUAUCGGUUGGAAUUGUUUUGAUUGGUUACGAAAGAAAGAAAGUGAUAUUUCGAAAACUAUGGCUACGAAUCCAAAUCAAUUUCUUACGGUUCCAUCGAAGAAAGCGUUUGAUGUCAAUGUUUCAACGCCAAUCAAGAAUUUUAUUAAAACAAUGGUUGGUGAUAAAGAAGACUAUUCAGCUUCUGUUGAUGGUCUGAAUUCUCUUCGUGCUGAAGCAUUACUUCGCAGUAACUACAAAGACGAUUGCUCUAAACUACUUCGAUAUUAUGAUCAAAUAUGUGCGAUCGAACACAAACUACCAAUAACGGAAAACCAAAUUCGAAUUUAUUUCAAAUGGCAAGAUGGAUUUGUUAGUGGUGGAAGUUUAUUUGGUAGUAAACAAAAAACGAAUGGCUCAUGGAAAUUAGCCUACGAAAAAGCGUGUGUUCUGUUCAACAUUGGACAUGCUUAUAGCGAGUUAGCUUUGGCACAAAAUCUCUCGAUUGAUGAUCAGAUGAAAACGGCAUUGAGAUAUUUUCAAUUAGCAUCAGGCGUUUUUUCGUUCCUGAAAGAUUAUGUUAAUGCUAAUUCAUUAUCGGAUCUCUCUGUUGAUUUUGAACCAGCGGUCUUAGCAAGUAUGUCAUGGUUGAUGUUAGCUCAAGCUGCUGAACUUAUCUAUUUGAAAUCAGCGAGUUUGAAAGAUGAUAUUGCUGCGAAAGUUGCAGCACAUGCUGCAGAUUGUUAUAAGGAAGCGUAUACAUCGUCAAAAACCGAAAGUGCAAAGAAAAUCAUUCCAGAGAAUUAUAUCAAUAUUAUGUUUGUUAAACACUUGUUAUUUCAAUCGAAAACUGAAUAUCAUGCUGGUAAUCAAGCUCAGGCUGAUCGAAAAUACGGUCUCAAGGUUGCACGUUACGAACAUGCUAAAGACUUUGCUGAUCAAGCUGUGAGUAAAUGUACAAUAGCUGCCUUCACACCAGCACUGCGUGCAAAUCAAGAUGAAGUUAACAAAGCUUUGACUGCUGCAAAGAAGGAUAAUGAUUUCGUUUACCACGAACGUGUACCGGAUGUGAAAACACUCGAAGUGAUUAUAGCACAGCCAAUUGCAAAACCAUUACCAGUUACAUUUCCGAUUACACCGGAUUUUAGAGAUCUGUUUGCAUCGCUUGUUCCAAUUGCAUUGAAUAACGCAUUGGCAGCAUUUAGUUCGAAACGAGCAGAAAUUAUGAACAUUGAAAUUAAUCGUCUUCGUGAAGCAACGAACGUCUUAAAUUCACUUUUGGCAUCGCUUAAUUUACCUGCUGCUAUCGAAGAUAGAGGUGGUCGUGAUAUUCCUCCAUCAGUUGCCGAAAAAUCGAACGAAAUCAAACGACAAGGUGGUAUUAAUACUUUAGACAAGAUGAUCAAUGAUUUACCUGAAUCAUUACAACGAAACAAGGAAAUUCUUGAUGAAGCAAAUCGUAUGCUCGAUGACGAAGAACGUGGUGAUACUGAACUACGAAAUCAAUUUAAAGAGCGUUGGACACGUACAAUUUCAUCGACUUUGACUGUUCCAUUACGUGAAGAGGCAAAGAAAUACAUGGAUAUUAUUCAAAAUGCCAUCAAUGCAGAUCGAGUUGUCCAAGAAAAAUAUCGUAUGAAUCGAGAUUGUAUUGUUUUACUUAGUAAACAAACGCAUGAACUUGCCGGUGAACUUCCAUCAGCAACGGCUGCUGGUGCAUUACGUGAUUCAUUCAGUGUACGCGAAUUACAGCGUUUAAUGGAAACUGUAGCAGCUAUCAAAGCUGAGCGUGAAGUGAUGGAAUCCGAAUUGAAAAAUACAGAUUCUGAUGGCGUCCGUGCACGUUUGGUUGCAGCAUUUCAUCAAGGCUCGCACAACGAUGAAAACAGUAUUGUUGUACAUGAAAUCGAAUCGAUCUAUACGCCAUUGCGUCAACAAAUAACGGAAAGUGUUUCGAAACAAGAGCAAUUAGUUGAAAAUAUUCGUCGUGCGCAUCAACAAUUUCAAAAUGAAAAACAAGGAAACGAAUCAUCAGCCAUACGCGAAGAAAUGCUAAAGAAUCUCGCACGAGCAUAUGAUGCUUUUCAAGAAUUAUUGAGUAACUUGAGAGAAGGAACCAAAUUCUAUAAUGAUCUGACACCAUUAUUGCUUAAAUUUCAAAAUAAAGUAUCUGAUUUUGUCUUUGCUCGUAAAACGGAAAAAGAAGAUCUGAUGAAAGACAUACAACGAGGAAUUGUUGGAGGAAACCAACCGACGACAACAGCAUCGACACAACAAGCUGGAGCUAAUCCAUACGCAGCUAGUGCUGCUCCACCUUACCCGCAAUCCCAACAGCCAUCGGCUCCACCAACUGGUGGUCCACCACCAACGACAACACCUGAUGGUUCUUCAUUACCAUACCCAGGUGCAUACAUGCAACCAUUCUUUCCCAUGCCACCUGGUUACAAUCCAUAUAAUCCAUUCUUUAACAUGACGGCGCCAGCCUAUCCAAUGGCGGGAGCUACUCAAUAUCCACAACAAGGUUAUGGUGUUGAGAAACCUCAAUCGGCAGGUGCUACACCUUAUACUCGAACGUUAAGUAUCCAAUUGUACGCAUCUAGUCUACUUUACUUCUCUGUAUUAUCGAAUCCUACAGAAUCAGACAUGGCAGCUGUUAAUCCUGUUCAAACCCAAUGGCACACAUUUCAAUAUGACCAUCAAGAGUUUAAAAUACCUGUUCGAUAUCAAAAUCCAACAAAAAUUGGACAAGGUGCUUUUGGUGCUGUUAUUCGUUUGACAGAUACGACAACUGGAAGAACGGUUGCUAUCAAAAAGUUGAUUAAGCCGUUUCGAGGAGAGCCGGUAUAUGCAUUACGAGCUUAUCGGGAACUCAUAGUACUCUUGCAAUUGAAAUAUCCUAAUGCGCAUAUUGCACAGUUACUCGAUGUUUUCACUCCUGAUCAAAGCCUACAAGAGUUUCAAACAUUUUAUUUGGUAAUGAAAGAUGCCGGUCUUAGUUUGAGUGAUUAUAUCAAAACACAUCAGUUGACUGAAGCAGAAAUUAAAAAGAUCAUUUAUUCAAUACUUCGUGGUUUGAAAUUAGCGCAUUCGGCUCACAUUAUUCAUCGUGAUUUAAAGCCAUCAAAUAUUGGAAUUGAUCCUGAAACGUUGUAUAUCACGAUUCUUGAUUUCGGCUUAGCUCGUGUUGCAUCUAGUGAAAUUCAAACAGGUUACGUUCAAACAAGAUGGUGGCGUGCACCAGAAGUAUAUGCCAACUGGGAGAGAUAUGAUGAUAAAUUGGAUACAUGGUCUAUCGGAUGCAUACUGGGAGAAUUGAUUGUACGUGAGCCGAUUGUUCCUGGCAAGGAUUAUGUUGAUCAUCUGAAGAAAAUAUUGAAAUUAAUCGGUACACCUGAUGAGACAACGCUCCGCGAAAUUUGUACACCAGAGGUAGCAGCGUUUAUCUUAAGCUUAACAUCGGAGCCUGGCAAAGAUUUCAAUACCUUGUAUGGUUACAAGUAUGCUGAAGGAAAUCUUCAACCAGUAUCAGGUGUUUCACCUCAUGGUGUUGAUCUCCUUCAUAAGCUUCUGUCUUUUGACCACCGUCAGCGUCCAACUGCAGCGGAAGCAUUAGCUCACCCAUUUUUCGAUGGAUAUCAUCUUCCUACAGGUGAACCGACUGCAAAUACAAUAGUUGACCAACAUCAAGAUGCAACUUACCCUGUAGACACAUGGAAAAAAAUCAUCUGGGAAAUAAUUCAAAAUGCUAAAAUCAAUACGUAG